AUGUUGGCGGCCAAUGAUAAGGGUUUGAGUCCGCAUACACCCAAAAGUCCAAUACUACCGCAUCCUGAGUCGAAGAGUCCGGGCAGUGUUAGCCAGAAGACACCGACAACAUUGUCAAGACAGGGUACCUUGAGAGCAUCGCAUAGACGUAAGGGCAGCAUGACAGGCUCGCUGUCUUUAUCGCAGGGCCGUAAGAGUCCAGUGGGUUUUAACGAUCGCAGUCCCCAGGGUCGACGUAGUCCUCUUCUAAUUUCCAAUGAUCGCCUCAAAUCACCCAAUGAACUACCUUUACAUCCCACCUUUGGCACGGCCUCGCCCACUGUACGCUCUCCAUCUGCAGAACGUAGCCGCAGUCCCACAUUUAGCAUCCACACCCAGGAGAGACGUUCCCCCGUUGGCAGUGCGGCUCCCACAGAUUUUGGGCAAUAUGCCCGAAGUCGUAGUCCCACAUCCACGGUCCAUGUCCAGGAUGGCAAUCGCUCCACAUUUGAUUCCUCCACCGAGCAGGAAGAACCCAUGCCGGCACGUACCCCCACCGGGUACAAACGGCCUUCCAUCAACCUCUUCACUCCCAUCUACUUUAGUGGCGAUAAACGCAGCCCGAUAGGACCCAUACCUCCCAUAACGGUAUCCAAUCCAGCUGAAACCUAUCGCAUGGCCGAGAGCAACAACAUGUCAGCUGAGAGCCAGAGAGAAGCCGAACUCAAACAGCAGCGGGAGGAGAAGGAGAAAGCGGAAGCAAAGAGUGCCGGCGACAAGGAGCAACAACCGUCGGAGAAGAAAAGCGUCAUGCGUGAGAUCCUCGCCUUUGUGCGCAAGCCCUCCAAGCACAUCUCGACGCGCACCAAUCGCUUUGCUAAUGCUUUUACCAGAGCCGAGUCCGGGUCAUCUAGGGGACCGCUCAUACGCCAAAGUACUUUUUCAGCCAGUCCGGCCGCAUCGUCAACGGCUGCAAAGAGUGCUGUGCAGAAGCAAAUGUCCGAAGUUGGAUUCGAACCAAAGAUGUCACUGAAAUUCUCACACUAUGCCAAAAUGUCUCUGAAACUACGUCGAUCUGCCCGCGACGAGGAGAAGUCCCACAAACAUCAGCAGCAACAGCAGCAGAAGCGUUCUUCCAGCGAUACCCAGCGAGCCAGCAAUGAUUCGUCCGGCACCUUCGGCAGUGGUCUUUUGAACGUUCAAGAGGGCAGUGCCUCAGGCCGGGCCACACCGUUGAGCGAUAUUCCCUUCGAGUUCGCCAAUGUCCAUUUCGAAAAGGUAGGUGAAUCCUAUAUCAAGCAUGACAAGAAACACGAAGAACAGAACAAAGGUGACGAACGCGAGGGCGAAGAAGAAGACGAAGAGAACACUGAAGAUGCCGCGGAUCCCUCAACCGACAUUAUGUUAGCCAAUCUGGUGGAGGAGAUCAAUAAUUCUCUGAAAAUCUCCUCCCUGACCACCGAACAGACGGCCAGCGUUCAUCACUUUCAGCGUCGUUCUGAGAGUCGUGAACCCAUCGAACCGCGUAUCAGUGAGGAACGGGAAUCGGACUCAAAUGAUUUGAUAAUACCCGAAGAUUUCCGUUCCGAACUGGUGGAGAUUUUAAAGGGCUACACCGAGGAACCGAUCUAUGUUAAUUUGAUUGACCUUAAGCGGGAAACGGAUGAUGCCGAGGCGGCUGCCAAAAAAGCCAUUGAGGCAGCUGCCUUGGGCUCGUCCACCGACAAGUCACCGCUGCAGUGUCCCACAAUCGAGUUUGUACCGCCGUCAAGGCGUUCAUCGUUCGAUCCUCCGCGUUCACCAUUCCUGGAAACUUUACGCAGUCCAGGCGGUGAUACGGAUGCCAGCUUGCAACGUUUAGAAUCGGGUGGAGAUAGUUUUGAAAUGGUUGAGGGUGACCGCAAGUCCAGUAGGGCCGAGUCUAGUUUUGAGUGUCCCUAUUCCUCGCGGGAAACCAGUUUUGAGAUAUCACGUUAUCAGUCCACCAGCUAUGAAGAUCAAAGUUCCAGCUUUGAAAUUGUCGACAUUGAUGAGAAGAGCAAGAAAUCAAGCAUCGAUCUGAGGAAGUCCUCAAUAGAAUUGGUGGAUGCCGAAACUUUCCAGAGAUCAAAUUCGUCACCGGGUCGGAAGUCGUCCCUGGAGACCCAUUUUGAUUACACCCCCUCCGAGGCCAGUGGUGGUGCCGGUGGCACCUCUGCCGGAGGCGGUGGUGGUAUCUUUGGCAUCACCUCCAUCAGAUCUCCCAACUUUCCCAUGACCAAAAAGCAGAGAACCGAAACCUUCAAAUCCCUACACAUCUCACCCUUUAGUGCCUUUUCACGUGCACGUAGUCCCCUCUCCAAUCAGACUUCCUCCAAUUAUAGUUCACGUGAUAGUUAUGAUUCCAGCUCGUCGGCCGGACACCAUGAGCUGCCGCAACGCAGUCCCUAUGCCGAUCCGACCAAAAAACAUUUCCCCCUGACCAUCAAACAAAAGGAAGAGGAAGUGAAGACCUUCCUGUGUACCGAUCAAAGGUGUGCCUCGAUUUUUGAGCCCCGCCCCAGUUCAGUUUUGACGCAGCAAUUUUCGACAGGUUCCAUGUCAACGCCGUCAGGUUAUGCCAAUGGCACACCGAGGGCUUUAAGUGCUGUGGGCAGUAGUAUUGGUGGGGGAUUUUCGAGUGGUAGUGAAUUUGAUCCGCCCUCACCACGGCGGGCUACUAGUGCCUCGCCGAAACAUACAUUCACGUUUCGUAUAGUUCUGAAGAAGGUGGAUAGCUCACCGGAGGCAUUGUGUCCGGAGAGGCAUAGAAGUCGUAUAAUUGAUCGGUAUCGAAGGCGUGACAGUAGACGACGCCGGUUGCAGACCACGGGAAAGAGUGUUUAA